GCGUGUGUGCGUGGCUCAGGCUUUCUGCUUCAGCUCACUCUCUGCUGAUCACUGGGCUGAUGGUCACGACUCUGCUUCACACCUCUGGGCUUUACGCAGAGGCGAGGAGGAUCGGGAGAAAUUCAGAAGCAGCACACAACUGACCUACAGAGCCAUCAAUAACUUACUCCCCUCGCAGAAGAAUUGCACAGGGAAACGGGAGGGAGGAAGGAGGGAGAGGAGAAAGGGGGAGGAGGAGUAGAAGAAAAAGAAGAAAACCCAGAGAAUUCUAGUCUUACAAAUGUAGUGAAAGCGAGUGGUCUGAGUUCAUUUGCUUGAGAAGAGCAGAGAAGAAAAAGGACAUUAAAUGAAAAAAAAGCAAGAAAGGUCUGUUGCCUUUUUCCUGAUAGCAGCAGUGUGCUAGAGGUAAAAUGAUUCCUCCAAGCAGCACAACUGAAGUCAGCGUGGAUAGUGUGGAGAAAGAGAAUGAAGGGGAGAGCACAGAGCAGCCCCCCUCUCCAGCAUCAACUACCAGCCAGGAAUCAAAGCUGCAGAAACUGAAACGAUCACUCUCCUUCAAGACCAAAAGCUUGCGGAGUAAAAGUGCAGACAAUUUCUUCCAGAGGACUAAUAGCGAUGUGAAACUGCAAGUAGAGUUGGUGCCUGAGGUGAGCACAAGCACUGGGCAGCUCCCCAGCUCAGAAAGCCAGGCAUCGUCCCCCACCAGAGCCCAGCAGCUGCCAGAAAACAACAAGACUCACAUCUUCCAGGAGCACAUCUUCAAAAAACCCACCUUCUGCGAUGUCUGCAACCACAUGAUUGUUGGGACAAAUGCUAAGCAUGGACUGCGCUGUAAGGCUUGUAAAAUGAGCAUCCACCACAAGUGUACAGACAGUAUCGGACAACAACGUUGCAUGGGCAAGCUGCCGAAGGGAUUUCGACGGUAUUACAGCUCACCACUACUCAUUCAUGAACAGUUUGGCUGCAUCAAAGAAGUGAUGCCUAUUGCCUGUGGAAAUAAGGUUGACCCUGUAUAUGAAACUCUUCGCUUUGGGACUUCCUUAGCUCAGAAAACCAAAAAGGGCAGUUCUGGAAGUGGGUCUGAAUCUCCCAACAGAAACUCUACAGCUGACCUGGCACAAGUUCCUGAGGAAGGCAAUAGCUCUGCAGGCACCCUUGACAUAAGCAGGAAACGCAGCAACAGCGUGUUUACAUACACCGAAAAUGGCACAGAACACUUUGGAGAAGAACCAAAAAAUAUACAUUCCCCGGGACCAUUUUAUAAAAGCACGCUACAAAUGAACACCUAUGUUGCCUUGUACAAAUUUGUACCACAAGAAAACGAAGACUUGGAGAUGAGGCCAGGGGAUAUGAUCACUCUUCUGGAAGACUCCAAUGAAGACUGGUGGAAGGGGAAAAUUGAUGACAGAAUAGGAUUUUUUCCUGCUAACUUUGUUCAAAGAGUGCAACAUGAUGAGAAGAUUUACAGGUGUAUCAGGACAUUCAUUGGCUGCAAGGAACAGGGACAGAUAACUCUGAAAGAGAACCAAAUUUGCGUAACCUCUGAAAAGGAACACGACGGCUUUAUCAAAGUAUACAGCGGGAAGAAGAAAGGUUUUGUCCCCAUAGACGUCUUAGAAAACAUCUGAUUUCAACAGCCUACUUGCUGCAGUAGAAGCCCCUUGUUGGCAAUGCCUGUCUGCCUCAUCUCACACUGUGUCAACCCAGAUGGGCUGUUUUGCAGAUGUUCAGGGAAAUAGCAAGAAAACUGCAACUACGAGAAGAAAGAUAUUUAGACUGCCACAACAGCAUUAACAAAUAAGAAAAGUGGAAUGACUGAAAGAAAAUAUAACCAGAAAGCACUAGAGAAAUGAGAGAUCCUUGGAUACUAACAGGAAAUGGGUAAGGAAAAAAGUCUGGGCUGAUUUCUGGUGCAUGAUGGCUGUUAGGACCCUGAUGGAGACAGACAGCUUGUUCUGAAGGACUAAAUUCAUGUCCUGUUCUUGUGUCUUAGAAAACUGUUGGACUGCUUCCUGUUUGAAGUCUGUAUUUUGGGAGGGGGGCGGGGGGAGCGGGGGUGGGAGAAAUACCAUUCAAACUGUCCUCAUACUGCAGUCUACUCCCUGUAGUAAAGCGUGGCUGUGGUUCUACAACUUUGUCCCCAGUAUGAACGAAUCACCUUAAGCAUUUAAUCCUGGUGUUUAGUCUCAUAACAAAGAAGUUUGGACACACCAUGUCAACGUCAGUCCAAGAAAUGCACUGUGCCCUGGAAGUCGGCAGCUUUCUCUUUCUGUGCAAUCUUCCCAUACGAAAGAGUAGCGAACUUGUGUGUCCUUGGUUUUCUCUGUAUACGAACAAAAGCUCUCAGCGUGUGUCAGGUGUGAUGGCUGCUCUCAUAGUUCACAAAAAUAACUGGUCCUCUGAUUCAUAAGCCCGCUCGGAAGUGUCCCUCUGUCUUUCCUCCACCUUUAUCUGGUGAUACAGAAAAUGAGUGAAAUGUUGGGAGAGAGCCCCAGGCUUAAAACGUUUUGUAUUUUUCUGUGUUUAUUGCACUUAAAAGAUUUUAUACAUUAAUCUUAUUUAUAAAAAUUUUAAAAAUUAACCCCUUGUAAGACUGAAAAUGCUAGGAAAGGACAGAUCACACAUAGAAGUGAAGUCUGUAAUUACUGAAAUCCAGAAUUUGUGACUGAAAGGCACUGAGUGUCUUAGAAAAUUCAUCUUCAUUUGCUAAGUAGAAGUUUUGCAGAUUCAGCAGUAAAUGCACUGACAUGAAUUCCCCCUUGGAAUAAACCACUGUGAGCAUUGCACAAAUCCUUUCCAUCCCAGUGAGAUUGUGCGGACAGGUCUUUUUUGUCCAUAUAAGCCUCUGUUUUCAAACGUGUUUUGGGCAUAUGAAACUUCUGGUACUUGGAGAGCAGUCUGUGGGACUUGUGGAUCCCGACCAAGUUAUGUAUAUUAGCCAGUGCCAAUCCUGUUGUAGAGGUGGGGCCUUAUAAUGUUUAAAGACAGACAACCCAAUUUCCAAUAUUUAAUCGGAUGUAAUUGCAUCAAAUACAUUUAAACAGCUUAGCAUAUAUUAUGAUGUAGAGAUUAAGUCCUGAUCCAAAGCUCCCUGCUGAAUUCAUGCCUUAUUUGACCAGCCUCAAACUGAAUGCCAGUCUAAACUCCACUUAACCCCAAAUUGAUAUCCUAAAUCCUAAUACUGCAAGAAGAAACUAAGAUGCCGCCAGGUUAGUAUAGGCCUUUGCAAAGUUGACACCAUUUCUAAAAACCAACUAUCAGCUCUUCUUCCUUAUAUUGGGGCAGUCUGAAUCUCUGUUGUAUAGCCCAGAUCUCACAGGUGGGUUACCCUAUUUGAAUAGCUCAUGUUACUCAAAGCUUUAUGAAAUCCAGUACAACUCGACACGUGACAAGAAUGUCACAGAGCAGAUCACUCUUCGACCUCCCAGAGACAUGUUUUGAAGAUCUUAUGUACCAGUUCAUUACAGAGGAGGAAGUUGCAGCGGUGUCAACUGCUGAAAUGUGGACCUUCAUGAUGUAAGUGAUGUAUACCAACUAUAAUGUCCUCUUGGCUGAUCAAAAGUAUGUGAUUUCAUCUCUUCAGUGGGAAUAUCAGCAAUUUAUACAUGGGGCUUUUCUAGUGCAAACAAUGUAUGUUUGCUCAGCUCAUUUUCCUACAUAACCAAUAAACUCAGUGGGAGGACAGAGAAUUCUGUUAAGCCUUAAAGACCAAGAGGAAAAGCAGUAGAGGCGUAUUGAUCCACUCUGCUUUAUAAGAUUAUUUUUUUAUAUAUUCACCCAUUCAAAGGAAAAACGCAAGUGUUUGUUAGAACUAAAAUAUUUGCUACUUUUGAUCAGUCCUAUCAAGUGGACAAAGGAAAUCCGUAAUAAUCUAUACAUAUAUGCUGUUGUUUACAUGAUUGCAUCAUACUGUGAUUCCCUCAUAUUUUAGUCUUCUAUGAUUUCAUUUUAUCCCUACAAUGUGCAUCAUACUAUUCAAAGAAAUAUAUGAAUAUUACCUACAACUCACAAUGGCCUUUAAUCAAUGUCAGUUUGAUUUCUUUUGAUACUGAGCAAUAAAUAAUAAAGUGACGGAGUAAAAAUGAAACAGACUUUAUGUGGACUGUAUUACAUUUGAGAAAGCAUUGCUUCUGAACCAAAGCUUUCAUGGUUUUUCUUUGUGGGUAUUUUUUUUGUCUUUUUACUGAGCUUUUGCUGCUGUUUGAUAUGUAGAUGUAAUUUAUACCUAAUUUAGCAAGAAGCACACACGUGAGUCUUACUUUAAGCAUGUGAUUCACUGGCUAUUUGCAUGCUUAAAACUGAAGCACUUUGCUGAAUUAAGGUCAUUUUUCUCAAAUUUAUUUUGGAUGCCUUGCUCUGAAUCCAGAUGAGUAUCCCAUCAUUUUUUUUUCCUACUUUAUGCAGUUCACAAUAGAUACUGCAUUAGCAAGCAGUUAAACAUCACACAGAGGAUGGAAUGGACUUUAUCUGAGGUAUGCUCAGAAAAAAAUGAAUUUCAGGAGAUAAAUGCUGUUUAGAUUUAAUUUAAUAUUCUGCUUAAUAAAGACUAUAUAAUGGUUGGAAGGAGAAUAUAAGUGUAUGUUUCUUGGCUUCUUUGCA